AGCGCAUCUAUCCGAGAGAAGCGCAUUACCUUGCGGCAUAGUUGAAAUCCAUCUGAAGUAUUUAGACAUUCGCCACGAGCAGCUUGAGCAUACUCAGACACACUAGUGUUAGUAGCGUAUACGCAUGGUAGCGGAGUGUCUACCGACAAGGGCCAAGCGGAAACGUGUCGCGUAUGAGAUAGAGACAUGCUCCAUCUGUCUUGAACCCGUCACCUCACUAGCACUUUGUCAACCUUGCAACCACGGGUUCGACACAGACUGCAUCUUGCGAUGGACCGAACAAGGAGCGACCUGUCCCCUCUGCAAAACACCCAUCGAACAUGUCUCGUACCGGAGGCAUGGCACAAUUCAUCGACAAGUGCCUGCGCCAAAACGCCGGAAGGAACAGUGCAUGCGCUUCAGCAGACAGCGGCGGGAGAUGGUGCAUGAGCGCGAACAGGAUCCACGGGCGCUGUUCCUUGAGCGGCAAGCAGAGGUGGCCUUACAGCGGCGUCGCUAUGUCUAUGCGCAUCAGUUAAGUGCGCUCUAUGUGGGUGCUAAUCCAGCGACGCGGUUCAAGUCAUUUGGUGCAGCAGAGUAUAAACGCAGUGCUAGCCUGCAACGGAAAGCGGGUUUGUUUCUACGGCGAGAGCUGCAGUGCUUUCCGUACCUACAGGAUGAUUGGGCGUUUAUACGCGACUACAUCAUGAAUGGUGUACUGCCGCAGCUCGACAUCCAGUCUGCCGGAGCGAGCAAGCUGGUGGGCGACUUGAUGGGGAGGGCGGAUGGCGACCGGUUGCUGCAUGAGCUGCACUGUUUCCUGCGGAGUCCAUUUGAUGCGCUGCCUGCGUAUGAUCUGAGUAGCCUGCUGCAGUAUAGCGAGGCCCUGCAACCGGCGUGGCCAGUCGAUGGGCCGUAGCAGUCUACACACCUCUAUACACUCAUAUAUACUCAUAACUAUGUCUAGGAUGUC